ACGCCCACGGGCUACGGAACGCUGGUGCAGGAAGGGGGCUCUCCAAUCGGGUACGCGCCCGAUGGUCACCUGAUUACUCUAAGUGAGCCUCGGGAAGUACGAGAGUUCCAGGGCCGCUUCUACGUGCUAGAGCACGCUAUCCGCGCUGACUUCUCCUUGAUCAAGGGCUGGAAGGCNGACCGCUCGGGCAACGUGAUCUUCAGGGGCAGCGCGCGCAACUUCAAUGUGCCCAUGUGCAAGGCCGCGGACAUCUCGGUGGUGGAAGUGGAGGAGAUCGUGGACGUGGGUACUUUCGCCCCGGAAGACAUCCACAUCCCCAACAUCUAUGUGGACCGCGUGAUCAAGGGGCCGAAGUUCGAGAAGCGCAUCGAGCGCCUGACCACGCGUGACAGCCAGCCCGCGCCCGGGAGCAAAGACGAUGACCCUUCCAGGAUGCGCAUCAUCAAGCGGGCGGCUCUCGAGUUCCAGGACGGCAUGUAUGCCAAUCUGGGCAUCGGGAUCCCUGUCUUGGCGAGCAACUACAUCAGCCCCAAGAUGACCGUCUACCUGCACAGUGAAAACGGGAUACUGGGCUUGGGCCCGUUCCCUCUGAAAAAUGAGGUAGAUGCCGACGUCAUCAACGCAGGCAAGCAGACAGUGACGGUGAUUCCCGGGGGCUGUUUCUUCGCCAGCGAUGAGUCUUUUGCCAUGAUCCGUGGCGGACACCUCCAACUGACCAUGCUCGGGGCCAUGCAAGUUUCUCAAUUCGGCGACCUGGCCAACUGGAUGGUGCCAGGCAAGAUGGUGAAGGGCAUGGGCGGGGCCAUGGACUUGGUGUCUAGUGAAAAGACCAGAGUGGUGGUCACCAUGGAACACUGCACCAAAACAAAGCAGCCCAAAAUCUUGAAGAAAUGCACCAUGCCGUUGACCGGCAAGGGCUGCGUGGACCUCAUCAUCACUGAGAAGGCGGUGUUUGAAGUGAACCACACAAAGGGGCUGACGCUGGUGGAGCUGUGGGAGGGCUCGUCGNUAGAUGACAUCAAGGCCACCACAGGNUGUUCGUUUGAGGUGUGCCCCAACCUCAAGCCCAUGCAGCAGAUUAAAACGGAUGCUUGAGGAGCCCUCCAGGGCUGAUUUGCCCGUUAGUGACAACUCGACAUCCUUAGCAGCACCUGACCACUGUGCCACACUGGCUCCUCCGGCUUCCUGCUGCUAGAUGGUGUCUAUCGAGAGCCAUGCGACCUUAAUUAAAAACCCUG